UUUCCGGGCAGCCAUUUUGCUACAAGCAUGAUGGCGACGCCCAUAUAAUUGUGGGGCGCAAGUGGUUAUUUGCAAAUAGUCUGUUUGUCGUGUUUGUCAGCUGUGCUAUCUCCAUCUGAUAUGUCAUCAUCCCUGGUGAGGAAAGCACUUGAACUAGUAGAAACUGAGCCUGCUGCCAGAGCCCAGUCCUUGAAAAGAGUCCAGAAGAAUGAUUCUCGACAGGAUCUGAGGAAAAAGAAGAAAAGCAAUCAAGGUCAAUUCAGGGUGUUGGGUGAUGUGAGAAGUGAAGCAGCAUUGCAGGUGGAGACUGCAAGGCGGACAUCUUCUAAAACAAAAGACAGGACGAGGGAAAACUUGAAACAUUUGGCUGUUCUUGGGAAAACAGACGCAGCCAAUUUUAAAAAGGCUCAUAAGAUAUUUGAAAGAACCGUGAAAUCAAGGAGACCUGUUGAUGAUACUACUCCUGAGAAUACUGCUUCCGUCUUCACAGAGGAAGACUUUAAGAAGUUUGAGGAAGAAUACUUUGUCAGUUAGCUAAUCAUUCCUUACCAAUUAUUUGCACU